AUGUCCACGGUCCUUUCACCCUCAUUGAUCGCAAUGUCUUCAGGUCUCAGUUAUUUCUCACGAGCAUCCGGGAGCAGCGGCUCCUGCACACAUUCCAUCAGCAGUGAUGAUUCGUGGUCUCGCCACAGUGGCAUCAUGCCCCAACAACCGUCCGUAUACGGGACUUCGGGCGAGGCGCCCGUGAUCUAUCAUCCAAGCGCUAGAAGGUUCUCCCCUCCGCAUAUUGAGCGUGGACCCAUAGAUACUCAGGCUCCUGUCAAGCCCAACAAACCAGUUUCGUCGGAAUUUGCUAUGCCAUACAGCGGACUUCCAGUGACCUCACAUGCACUGGGAACCAUUCCCGUGUCUGCAGGAGGUGCCUUGCCACGCCCCACAGCUCUGUACCCAGAGUGGGACCACCCUGCUCGCCUCCCAGCGGAGUCACUUAGGCGUGAUUACGACCUAGUCAGACCCUACGAAACGUCGGAGUACCUGAUUGAAAGAAAUAGUCGACGCGCAACGGAGAAGCCUAAAGGCGCUACUCGGUAUCACUCGCAGAGACGGCCAUCUAAUCGUGACGAGUUCGACGGACCCCAUCAGUUGCUAGACCCACCGUCACCGCGGGUCAUAGCAGCCCAAGGGAGGGAUUUGCCUCAUCUACCUACUAAUCUAGAUGUCUCAGAGCAAGAUCAAAUCCUCUCGUCAGUAAACGACCGACUGUCACAGUGUGCCUUUGACUUUGUUGCAAAGUAUCAAUUUCCGAUUCCACUGGAACCGGACAAGAGACCGGUGAGAGUUCCUUCUGACCGCGAGUGGACCGAGUGGGUAUAUCUCCUGAAGAGACUGGCGACCAAGCGUCGUAUCCCAGCCCGGGUGUUGUAUAAUGGCCAGAUCAAGCAAUUAGUGACCGUGCUGGAGAAUUCCCUGGAGAUGAGACAUGCCGCCAAGCAUCAAUCCCGGCCCAUCAAGGAUGAUCGGAAUGUUCUUCAGCUUAUCUCAGCUGGCACUCAGGUGGCCAAGAUCCUCAAGGAUGCCAAUGCCAUGGAAUUCCUUGACCGCCUCUAUCUUGAUACAGAAAAACGCAUCCAUGAUCGACGCAGCCGUCGCGUCAAAUUUGCCAGCCCAUGA